AUGCAGGACUUCCCCUGGGGAAACCACAGCUCUCUUAUGGAGUUUAUUCUUCUAGGAUUCUCUAGCAAUACUGAGUCAAAUGUUAUUCUCUUCAGUAUCUUCCCCUUCUUCUACCUCAUCGCCCUUCCGGGCAAUGGGCUUAUUAUCACCCUGAUACAUAUGGACUCUCAACUCCACACACUGUACUUUUUCCUCAGCGUCCUUUCUGUUCUGGACAUGGGAUAUGUCACCACCACAGUGCCCCAGAUGCUGGUGCAUAUGGUUUGCCAGAAGAAGACAAUCUAUAUUGGAUGUGUAGCUCAGAUGUACAUCUUCCUACUGCUGGGCAUCACUGAGUCUUGGCUUUUUGCAAUCAUGGCUUAUGACAGGUAUGUGGCCAUUUGCCAUCCUCUCAGGUAUAAGGUCAUUAUGUGUGGGUCAAUGGUAGCCUUCUGUGGAUUCUGGGGUAUUAGCUGUGCCCUGAUAAACACAGUCUCUGCUAUGAUUCUUCCCUAUUGUGGUCCCAAUGAAAUAAAUCACUUCUUCUGUGAAGUGCCUGCUGUCUUGAAGUUGGCCUGUGCAGAUACAUCUCUCAAUGACAGAGUGGAUUUCAUCCUGAGCUUUAUCCUUCUGCAGGUCCCACUCUCCCUUAUCAUUAUUGCCUACAUCAACAUCUUUGCUGCCAUCUUGAGGAUCCACUCAGCCCAGGGGCGGCUCAAGGCCUACUCCACCGGUGCCUCCCACAUCACUGUGGUCACUAUGUUCUCCAUACCAUGCAUGGUUAUGUACAUGAGACCUGGCUCUGAGGCCUCCCCAGUAGAGGAAAAGAAGCUGGAUUUAUUUUAUAAUGUGAUCUCUGCCUUUCUCAACUCCAUCAUCUACAGCCUCAGGAACAAAGAUGUGAAACGGGCUUUCCUCAAAGUGACAGAGUGGGGAAAAGUGCCAGAAUGAAGUCAUGGGAACACG